AUGCGCUCCGACCACGGCUUCAUCCUGCUGCUCCUCAACGGGACAGCGUGCUUGCCCGGCUGGGGCGACUUCUACUCCAACAUCAAGACGGUGCGCCUCAACCUACUCAUCACGGGUAAGAUCGUGGACCACGGGAAUGGCACUUUCAGCGUCUACUUCCGUCACAAUUCCACCGGCCAGGGGAACAUCUCCGUCAGCCUGGUACCUCCUGUGAAGGCUGUGGAGUUUGACUUGGAGCGCCAGAGCGUGGUAUACCCUAAAGACUCGAAGAUCUUCAACUGUCGUGUAGACUACGAGAAGGUGGACCGCAGCAAACGCACCUCACUCUGCAACUAUGACCCCUCCAAGACCUGCUUCCAGGAGCAGACACAAAGCCACGUGUCCUGGAUCUGCUCCAAACCAUUUAAGGUCAUUUGUAUCUACAUUUCCUUCUACAGCACAGACUACCGACUGGUGCAGAAGGUCUGCCCAGACUAUAAUUACCACAACGAGAUGCCCUACCUACCCUCAGGCUAGAGCUUCGUGGAGCAAUGGACUGCGGCAUGGAGGGCUGGUUGGGGGGGGGGGAGUUGGUAUACAAAGGAACAGUUCUAUUACGGAUGUGAAGAUGAACGCGCAAUGCUGAUUUGGGAGGGUUUUUUAAAGGACACAGAAGUCCUUGUCUAAAGACUCUUCAGAAACUUAUCAUUGAGC